ACGAGCAGAGCCAGUGGGUGUUCAAACGACUACCACCGUCGUGCCAGCUCGUUAUUGAACUGGCCAACCGGCGGAGUGAAGCGAAGGAGCGCCGGUGAGCUACAUUCGCGGAGUGUGAGUGGCCAGCGAGCCGCUUGAUUUCAGCACCACGUCGCUGUUCACACACACCUACGGAGGUAAAGAUGUCACAGGUGAAACAGGUGGGGCUGUUAGCUGCUGGGUGUCAGCCCUGGAACAAGGAUGUGUGUGCAGCCAGUGGGGACAGGUUUGCCUACUGUGCUACGCUCGCUAUAUAUGUCUACCAGCUGGACCACAGGUACAGUGAGUUUAAGUUGAGGGCCAUCAUGUCAGAGCACAAGAAGACCAUCACUGCCAUCUCAUGGUGUCCACAUGACCCAGAGGUCUUUGCCAGCGCCAGCACAGAUCACCUCCUCAUCGUCUGGAACGUGGCGGAGCAGAAGGCGAUUGCCCGCCUGGACAACACGAAAGGAGUGCCUGCUAGUAUAAGCUGGAGCUGGAACUCAGGCGACAGCGUGGCAUUUGUCUCCCACCGCGGCCCGCUCUACGUCUGGGCCGUCUCUGGGCCGGACGCGGGCGUCACCGUCCACAAGGAGGCGCACAGCUUCCUUUCCGACAUCUGCCUGUUCCGCUGGCACCCGUUGAAGAAAGGCAAAGUGGUAUUCGGCCACACGGAUGGGAGCCUGUCUGUCUUUCAGCCAGGCUCGAAGAACCAGAAGCACGUGUUGCGUCCGGAGUCUCUGGAAGGGACGGACGAGGAGGACCCGGUGACAGCUCUGGAAUGGGACCCGCUCAGCACAGACUACCUGCUGGUGGCCAACAUGCACAACGGCAUUCGGCUGCUGGACUGCGAGUCGCUGGCGUGCGUGACGACCUUCAGUUUGCCCAGCGCGGCUGCCUCUGUGCAGUGCCUGGCCUGGGUACCUACAGCACCGGGCAUGUUCGUCACGGGGGAUUCUCAGGUUGGCGUGCUAAGAGUGUGGAACGUGUCCAGAGUAACGCCGCUGGACAACUUCAAACUGAAGAAGACAGGCUUCCAUGCCCUGCAUGUUCUAAACUCCCCACCUGCCAAGAAAGACUUCAGCUCGAUCUCCCCGUCCAAGACCCACCACACGUCGUCCACCAGCGAGGCCAUCCCUCCUCCCGCCCCUUCCCAGAAUCAGAUCUUCUCCCUGCCUCCUGGACACGCCGUCUGCUGCUUCCUAGAUGGUGGGGUAGGACUGUACGACAUGGGGUCCAGGAAGUGGGACUUCCUCCGUGACCUGGGUCAUGUGGAAACCAUCUUUGACUGCAAGUUCAAGCCAGACGACCCCAACCUGCUUGCCACGGCCUCGUUCGAUGGGACAAUCAAAGUGUGGGACAUUAACACCCUCACUGCGGUGUACACGUCUCCCGGCAACGAGGGUGUCAUCUACUCUCUCUCCUGGGCUCCAGGAGACCUGAACUGCGUGGCGGGGGGCACCUCACGGAACGGGGCAUUUAUCUGGGACGUGAAAAAAGGAAAAAUGAUCACAAGAUUCAAUGAGCAUGGGAAGAAUGGCAUAUUUUGCAUUGCCUGGAGCCACAAAGACUCCAAAAGAAUAGCCACAUGUAGUGGUGAUGGAUUUUGCAUAAUUCGAACAGUUGAUGGAAAAGUCUUACACAAGUACAAGCACCCAGCAGCUGUGUUUGGCUGUGACUGGAGUCAGAAUAACAAGGACAUGAUAGCAACUGGAUGUGAGGAUAAGAGCGUGAGGGUGUACUAUUUAGCCACGAGCUCUGACCAGCCACUGAAGGUGUUCACGGGCCACACAGCCAAAGUGUUCCACGUGCGCUGGUCUCCUCUCCGAGAGGGGAUCCUCUGUAGCGGCUCAGACGACGGGACGGUGCGUAUUUGGGACUACACCCAGGAUGCCUGCAUUAACGUUCUGAAUGGACACACAGCCCCAGUGAGGGGCCUAAUGUGGAACUCUGAGGUGCCCUACCUGCUUAUGUCUGGAAGCUGGGACUACACCAUCCGCGUGUGGGACACCAGAGACGGCACCUGCCUGGACACCGUCUUCGACCACGGAGCCGACGUCUACGGCCUGACGUGCCACCCGAGCCGGCCCUUCACCAUGGCCUCCUGCUCCAGAGACUCCACCGUGCGCCUGUGGUCCCUCACCCCCCUCGUCGCCCCUCUGCUUGUCCGCAUCCUCACUGACCACAGCUGGGAUGACAUCAUAGGGAACACGGAUCGGGCGAUGGUGCCUGGGACCCCCCCUCGGCUCUGCGGGAAGGUCACUAGAGACAUCAAGCAGGAGCUGGACAAGCUCUCCGCUAGCGAUGCCCGCCGGGAGAAGCUGCGCUGGUUCUCUGAGUGCUUUUCUCCUCCAGGAGGGAGCCACAACCUGUGGGAUCUGGUAGCUGUGAUCAACGGUCAGGACGACAGUCUGCUGCCUGCCAGCUACGGCCAAGGAAUCAUGCACAUGAAGCACCUGGUCCGCUUCAAAACGUCGGAAGCACAGGAGCUGACUAUAGUGAAGAUGUCCAAGUUCGGCGGAGGCAUCGGAGCUCCCAGCAAGGAGGAACGCCUGAAGGCGGCAGCUGACAUCCACCUGAGGCUCGGCCAGAUCCAGAGAUACUGCGAACUCAUGGUGGAACUGGGGGAGUGGGAGAAGGCGUUGUCUGUGGCUCCUGGCGUGUCCAUGAAGUACUGGAAGAAGCUGAUGCAAAGAAGGGCAGAUCAGCUGAUGAAGGAGGGCAGCAAUGAUGUCAUCCCGUACUGCAUCGCCACGGGCGACGUGAAGAAGCUGGUGAACUUCUUCUCCUCCAGAGGGCAACUGAAGGAAGCUCUGCUGGUGGCCCAGGCAGCCUGUGAAGGAAAUAUCCAUGAGCCUGAGAUUACUUCAAUCAAACACUCUGGAGCCACAGACAACGACAACUCUGAGACCUAUACUGGGCUGUUGCAUGAAGUGAGUAAAGAACUAGCUGAGUGGUAUUUCCAGGAUGGACGAGCAGUUCUGGCAGCCUGCUGUCAUCUGGCUGUAGACAACAAAGAGCUGGCAAUGGCCAGUCUGAUCCGGGGUAAUGAGCUGGAGUUGGCAGUGUGUGUGGGUACUGUUCUGGGAGACUCUGUCAGUCGGGCCACUCACUACGUCCUGGAGAUCCUGGCCAGAAAAUACAUGACCAUGCCCACAUGCUUUCCAUGUGUGGGAAACAGGGAUCUAGCUUCAAGGCUCCUGUUGAUGGUCCCUGGUAGUGAGCUGCUCUUAGCCAAGCUGUGUGCCUUCUAUCCUGGCAGCUCAGCCGAAAUAAAUGACCUGCAUGAAAAGUGUGGUUUGCCAGGCUUGGAGGAGUGCAAAGCGCUGGCAGAGAUCGCGAGCAGCGAGGGAGACGUCUACGAGGCCGUGAAGUACUACCUGCUUAGCCCCGAACCCGAAAAGUCUCUACCCAUCGGCCUCGCGUUCAUAAAAGAGCAGCUGAGCUGUCCUGACUGGAACGUGGACUCCAUCUAUCCUGUCCUGAACCUCCUGAGCUACAUCAGGACUGAUCGCCUCCUUCUGACCAAGUGCAGUGAGCACUGUAAUGAGCUGCUCAUUCUCUGUGGCUAUGUCGGGGCACUGCUGGCCAUCGGGAGACAGUACUCCAGUAUAGUCCCAGCCCUGUACGAGUACACCAGUCAGCUGUUGAAGAGGAGAGAGGUGGCUGUGCCCCUACAGAUUGAACAGCUGUCAGUGGAGCUGGAAGCCUGGAGAGCCUGUACACACUCACACAACAAAGGAGCAGAGGACCCUCCGUACAUGUGUCCCACCGAGGCCCAGAGGGUGGAGUUUAGCCACCUGCUCAGAAGAAUGGGGGAGGAGCCUGCAAGGGGACCACAGGGCCCAGACUAUGUCACGGGCUCCAACCUGCCCAGCCACUCAGACGUGCAGAUCUCCUGUUUUACUGGUCUCAGGAUACAGGGACCAGUGUUCUUCCUGGAGGAUGACAAGUCGGCAAUUUCGCUCAAUGAUGGGUUGAUGUGGGCCAAGGUGAACCCUUUCUCUCCUCUGGGGACGGGUAUACACCUCAACCCCUUCUAAGCACACACCCACACACACGCACUCAGAAACGCAAAAGAGUGGGGACAGUAUUCAGUCCAGUAGGACGAGGACAGUAGUGUUUAACACAGGGGCUACACAUCUCUGUUCUCUAGGGGAGAACAUGCACUCUUUUGGAGAGGGCCAUAAUGACAUUAACUGUGAUUCAGACCACACUUUCUGAGGUUUAGCCAUUUCAUGUGUUGGUGUUGGUGUUGUUGGAAUAUGUCUGCACUAACCAGCAUUUUAAUAUCACCGUCAGUCCAAAUGGAAUCAGGUGCCACCCGUGCCGGUUUUAAAGUGGAACUGAUGUUAGGUUUUUUGUUGUUGUUGUUGUUGUUCAUUCUGUUUGUUGUGGUUUAGCUUUGACUUUACUUAAUUCUAGACAUUACAGGUACACUGUACUUAGGAAAAGGGUGUAAAUGUUUUCUAGAGUUUUCUCUAGCACUUAUUGGUGGACAUGGCACGGAUCAUCUGCAGGCAGACCUGCUUGCUGCAUGGUGUAGAUUUUUUUAAAUUGAUGUGGUUCUUAGACGAGACUCUUUGUGUUUUAGUUGCUCUUGUGAUCAGCUGCUGAGGCAAAAAUCUGCAUUUUAUUUCAGUAGAACCAAAAACUGAGCUUUAGCACAUUAAAAAUUUAGGAAUAAAACAUUUACAUUUAUUUUUUAAGAAUGCUGCUUUUCAUUCAGGGACUUUUGUUUUAGAAUUAUGUACAUCUCCCAAGCUCCUUACAACUUUAUUACUGUUUAUUAUUUAGUGUUGUAAUAACUAUUGCAGUCAAGACCCAUUUACAAUCACUGAGAACUUAGGCAAUAUGUUAAGAUGCUGUAACCCACAGAAAGAUCUCACAUGAGAGGAGACCAUUCCUGUAUGAAGUGGAUAAAAGGGAUGGACUUUGCUGAUAGUCAGGGGUCUAGAGUGUGUGCCUUAAAUUAGUAUUGAAACAAAGCAACAGUAAAACCUAUAGUAGAAUCUCUUAGACAGGAAAUAAUGUGUUCAGAGAAUCGCGACCUGCAAGUGUAACCUAAACUCUUCUUACACCCAGUUUACUUAAAUAUCAUCUAUGUGGUUGAAAAACAAUUCCGAUUAUUUAUGAGACAUUGGUUUGACUUCAGCACAUCUUUAGAGAUCAACACUUGCACUGUGAACUGUACUUAUUUCUUUCUUUGAAUAUUUCUUUGUCCUAAUCUACUUCAAAUUCCACAGUUGAACAGGGUACAGCAUCCAUCUGUUUAAACGCUGUCCGAGUCACUAGGUGCGGCACAUACAAAAAUAUGAAACUCAUUUAAUGUAUUUAUUUUUUUAUGACGCUAUUACGAGGAAACUGUGUGCAAGCAGAGAGGAGGAAGGUCUGCUGGAACGCGUCGUGCUCGUCUCGUAGCAGCCGAGGCAAACAGCACCCCCGCGUUGACUUGUGGUCAUUCUCCAGUGAUUCUUAAUAAAAUGAUCAUGCCCAGUAUGCUUCUGCUUCUAUUUGUUUGUUUGUUUUAAAUGGUGGAUAUUCUCUAAGUCACUCUGCAUUUUACUAACCCACACAACCAUUGGGAUUCAUAAAGCCAACUAUCUCGUUUAAAUUUGCCCUCCAAGCUGCUCCCAGUGGUCAAACAUGAAACACUUUCAUCAAACCUGCUUUACACGCAGCCAUCGUCGUGGAUACGCAGUAGUCAUAUAUCUCCCUCUUCCAUACAUCACCCCAACACACUUGCUAAACACACCAGUGUAAAAAGAGCAGAUCAGUUGUGAAACAUUCCCAUGGUUUCUUUAUUUCUGUGGAGAACUUUUUUGAUACGUUCCAGUUUGGUGAAGUGCUCUACAGAUUGUCCACUAGCUCAGCGGAUUGAAUACAUCUGGUUAUACAGAGAGAUCAGAACAAAAAAAAGAUACUGGAAUACUGACACUGACAUGUAAUUAUUAACUAUCGUCCAAAAGCAGAGGCCAGAAAUCUCUGUUCCAGUACUGCCAUUUUGCACAUCUGACCUUCCAGAACUGUCUGUAAAUGGGGUUUUAUAAAAUUAGGACAUACAUUUUAAUCAAAGAGAUAUUACAUUCAGUAAAGAUAUUACAUUCAUGUUUGUUACAAACUCAACAUUUAAAAUAACUUCUAGUGAAAAGAACUAGAAACUAAUUAAAAUAAUCCUGUGUGUAUGUAUGUUUGCAAAGAAAGUUUAAUAA